UCACCCUAUUCACAAACAUACCAAACCUUAGCUGUUCGUCAUUUGCCAUGAAGUCACAAUUUAGUAUCAUUUUUAUAGCUAUAUUAAGUGUGGUGUGCUGUUAUCCUUCACCAAGUGAAAGUGGCCAAUAUGAAAACAGUCCAACAUUAUUUCCUAGUGAAUGUAUAAGCUCAACUGAAAGUACUCAGGAGAGCAAUUUUCCUGAGGUUGAAUACCCAAUUAAGGUACUAGAUACGAUCGAGCCAUACUACUACCGCGAAGGAAACGAUGACAUUCUUGCUCCUUUUAGUAACGAAGUAAAGAACGCAUACAAUUCUCUAAAUGUAGAAAGAACUAUCAAAGACACACAGUUCAAACUUCAAAAGUCAAGUGACGAGGCAUCAAAUGUAGAGAAACCUGAAAGUAUCAAUAGCGAAAAAAAUGCAGAGAUAACAAUAGUACCCGGAGAUACCAAAAAGGAAGCAAACGCAGAGGUACCAGAAGUACCCGGAGAUACCAAUAACAAAGAAAAUGAAGAAGCACUAGUGGAACCCGAAUAUGCCUACAAUGAAGUAAAUGAAGAAAUACUAGCGGAACCCGAGGAUACCAACAAUGAAGAAAUACUAGCAGAACCUGAACAUACUAACACUGGAGAAAAUUAUGAAAUACUAGCGGAACCUGAACAUACUAACAAUGAAGAAAAUGAUGAAAUACUAGCGGAACCCGAAGAUACCAACAAUGGAGGAAAUUUAGACGGAGCCAAAGAAGCGACCAGUGAAUUAAAUGCAGUCACGGUUGAAAAUACCAACAGUAAUUCAGGUAUAGGUUUGGCAGGGUCGGAAGAUAAAGGCAUUGAAUCAAAUGUAGACGAAUCUAAUAAUCAACUAAAGGAUAUACCUGCAGAUUCUACUGAUACUUCAGUCACUACUGGAGAUCUUACGUCAGAAACAGAAUAAUGAGACAGUGCAUUCUAAUUCAGAAAUUGAAGAAAAAAUUAGGUACGUUAUACCUGAUAUCUGACAUUAGGCACCUAUUACUGAUAAAUAUUCCCAUCGCAUAAGUUUAUCCGAAACUCCUCUUUGCCUGUUCAUAAAAAACCUCAUAUAAGUAGAAUCAUUAUCUUCGCUUUUCGUCCAAGGCUAGUUAAACGCGCGAAGGACUGAUCUACUAUAAAAUGUUGGUUUUCAUGUUUUUAGGGUUCCGUAGCCAAAUGGCAUAAAACGGAACCCUUAUAGUUUCGCCAUGUCCGUCUGUCUGUCUGUCUGUCUGUCUGUCUGUCCGAGGCUUUGCUCCGUGGUCGUUAGUGCUAGAAAGCUGAAAUUUGGCAUGGAUAUAUAAAUCAAUAAAGCCGACAAAGUCGUACAAUAAAAUCUAAAAAUUUAAUUUUUUUUAGGGUACCUCCCCUACACGUAAAGUGGGGGUGAAAUUUUUUUUUUCGCUUCAACCCUAGAGUGUGGGGUAUCGUUGGAAAGGUCUUUCAAAACUAAUAGGGGUUUUCAAGAAACAUUUUUUGAUAAAGUGAAUAUAUUCGGAGAUAAUCGCUCCGAAAGAAAAAAAAAAUGUGUCCCCCCCCCUCUAACUUUUGAACCAUAGGUCCAAAAAAUAUGAAAAAAAUCGUGAAAGUAGAGCUUAAGAAAGACAUU